GUAGACAAUCACGGCCCCACAUUUACCCGCCACUUUUACUCCUCCUCCGCCUCCUCCUGCAUCUCCCCCAAUCUUCAUAUUCCCCAGACCACCCAAAAACCCAAGAACAAGGAGCCCCUUUCUUCUACUUCUGACCUUUGCAACACCUUUCCCUUUAAACUUACCUUCCCACCCCUUUUCUCCUCUUUCACCUCCUCACCUCACCGAGGGCAAACCUGUCCUUUUCCUCACUCCACCUUCUUUCUUAACUCCCUUUUUUUAAUCUUUUCGAGAUAUUGAUCUCAGUUUCAAGCUUACCAUUUCUCUCUCCGCGUUUAUUAUUUUUUUUUUUGCCUUACUGAAAGUUGAAACCUUUUUCUUUUCUGUUUUAUUGGAGAUUGAAUCCAAAUAAGACGCCACAUCACGGUGUAGUGUAAAUUUGAAAUGAAUGAAUAGUGUAUAUAGGGUUUUAGAGUGUGUUUGAUCUAAUGGCAGCCACGACGAUGGCGACCGCCGCUGGAGCGGUUGUGCUGCUCUACUAUGUGCUCAAUCGGCGUUUAUCGGCCAAAGGAGGGGAUGAGGAUGUUGCUGGUAAGAAUGGCGAGGAGUACUCCAAGCGAUCCGGCAGACGGAGGAUGUCUACCCGGAGGCCAGUAGCUCAAGCUCCGGCUACGUGGUUUGAGACGAUUAUGACGUUGUCGGAGACGCUUAGGUUUACUUACACCGAGACGUUAGGGAAAUGGCCAAUUGCAGAUUUAGCAUUUGGAAUUAAAUAUUUAAUUCGAAGGCAGGGCAACCUACAACUUGCAAGUGUAUAUGCUGGAGAAGAUUCUGUACAGUUGAAAGGCAUUGAAAUAAUUGCACAGUUGUAUUAUUAUUUGAAGUUGCUGACUCUUUGUAUGCUGUUCUCAAAGAAACCAUUUCCAGUUUUUUUGGAGUCUGCUGGUUAUUCUCAAGCAGAUGUCCUUCUUCAAAAGGCCAAAGCAGGACUUUUGAAGCCUGCAUUUACUAUUAUACGUGAUAAAGAUUCAAAAUGCUUCCUUCUUCUAAUUCGAGGAACUCAUAGCAUCAAAGACACAUUAACUGCAGCAACAGGAGCAGUGGUCCCUUUUCACCAUUCAGUUUUAGAUGAUGGUGGCAUAAGCAAUCUAGUGCUGGGCUAUGCGCAUUGUGGAAUGGUUGCGGCUGCACGUUGGAUUGCAAAGCUUAGCACUCCCAUCUUGCUGAAGGCUUUACAUGAAAAUCCUGACCAUGAAGUCAAGAUUGUUGGCCAUUCACUGGGAGGCGGCACUGCAGCACUUCUUACCUAUAUCCUCCGAGAGCAGAAAGAAUUAUCCUCAAUCACGUGCGUCACUUUUGCACCAGCUGCUUGCAUGACAUGGGAGUUGGCAGAGUCAGGAAAACACUUCAUUACAACAAUAAUUAAUGGCUCUGAUCUUGUGCCUACAUUUUCAACUGCUUCUGUGGAUGAUCUUCGUUCAGAGGUGACAGCUUCAUCUUGGUUAAGCGAUCUGCGUGAUCAAGUUGAGCACAACAGAGUUUUAAAUGUGAUAUAUCGAUCUGCCUCUGCUGUUGGGACUCGCCUACCAUCUAUAGCUAAUGCCAAAGCAAGGGUUGCAGUUGCGGGUGCAUUUCUGCGGCCUGUUUCAAGCAGCACUAAGGUGGUGAUGAAGCGUGCACAAGAUGUAGCUCAAGCAGUUGUUAAGACCCGCACUUCUUUCUCAUCAUGGACAUGCAUGGGUCCACGUCGACGAGUGGUGAAUGCUCCUUCAGACCCUAAAGCAAAUGAUAUGUCUGAAGCCUCUUCUCUUAUUAGUGAAACAGUGUCUGUAUCUAGUAUGACUGAAGUUGUAAACAGAGAAUCCGAGUCAAACAAGAUGGAAUUCUGUUCUUCAAACAGUGGUUCAGCACACGAGGAAACUGAUGAAGAGGAAGAUCUUAUUCAGGUGGAUAGAGUCAUUGCCACAUCUACCUUGGAAGAUAUAACUCGGGGUGAGUUGUGGUAUGAACUGGAAAAGGAGCUUCAGAGGCAGGUGAAUGAGGCUGAUAUUCAGGCCCAGGAAGAAGAAGCUGCUGCUGGUGAAGAAAUUUCAGAACAGGAAAAGUUGCUGGCUGAUGCAGUGGAGAGUCAAACACCCAUCUCAUCUUUAGAUGUUUCAGAAAACCUGCAAUUUUACCCUCCGGGCAGAAUAAUGCACAUUAUUUCUGUGCCUUCUUCUGAGGCAAGUGAAUUUGGCGAGGAUGAUCAUAAACCAGAGCAGGUUGGCAUCUACGAAACACCUAGAGAAUUAUAUAGCAAACUACGGUUGUCGAGGACAAUGAUCAAUGAUCAUUACAUGCCAAUGUAUAAAAAGAUGAUGGAACUACUGAUCAAGGAAUUAGAAAAUGAGGAAGAAGACGUGGCUGUGUAGCUUUGAAACCAAAUUGCUGCAGAUUACCUGUUGAUAGUUUUGGACAUUCCCUUGUAUGCUUUGCCUUGAACUAUGAAUGACGCAUUGAGGAAGCAAAUUCUUGAUGUCCUUUUGCAGAAUUAUUAAUAGUAACCAUUUUUAACUGCCAGAAUUUAAUUUUCCAGCAUUAAUCUAUUGUAAUUGCUUUCGGCCCAACAAGUUGCAGAACUUGAACCCCAGCUGAUACAAUUAGCAUGUGUACACUGUUUAGCAAGUUAACGAGCCUCAGUUUAUAGCA